CCUCCCUCUCUCUACUAAAAUAACAAAACAUUCCUCUCUUCCCCCAGCCUCUGAAAAUGCACUGCCAUAGCUGUGCGUUGGUCACCAGCUCUGGUCACCUGAUGGGUGGUGGUCGCGGCGAGGAGAUCGACCGGGCAGAGUGUGUCAUCCGUAUGAACGACGCCCCCACGGCGCUGGGUUACGGGCGAGACGUCGGGCGCCGCACCUCGCUACGUGUCAUCGCUCACUCCAGCAUGCAGAGGGUCCUACGUAACCGCCACGAACUGCUCAACGCAUCCCAGGACACAGUGUUUAUCUUCUGGGGGCCCAGUAGUUACAUGCGGCGGGAUGGGAAAGGUCUGGUCUACAAUAACCUGAGGUUGAUGAACCAGGUGCUGCCCAAACUAAAAGUCUACAUGAUCUCCAGGCAGAAGAUGCUGCAGUUUGACGAACUCUUCAAGAAGGAGACGGGCAAGGACAGGCGUAUCUCUAACUCGUGGUUGAGUACUGGUUGGUUCACUAUGACCAUAGCUCUGGAGCUGUGUGACCGGAUCAAUGUCUAUGGCAUGGUGGCUCCAGACCACUGCAGAGAGCCCCAGCCCCCAUCCUCCCCCUCUCCCUACCACUACUAUGAGCCCCUCGGUCCAGAGGAGUGUGCCAUGUACAUCAGCCAUGAGCGAGACCGCAGUGGCAGCCAUCACCGCUUUAUCACAGAGAAGAGGGUCUUCACCAGCUGGGCUCGGACCUUCAACAUCCACUUCUACCAGCCUGACUGGGAGCCCCCGCCGCUGACUACGCUAACCGCUGACCAUCCCGCUAACUACUGACCCCCACUAACCACUGACCACGCUAACCGCUGACCCCCGCUAACCACUGACCCCCGCUAACCACUGACCUCCGCUGACCACCGCUAACCACUGACCUCCGCUAACCGCUGACCACCGCUAACCACUGACCUCCGCUGACCGCUGACCACCGCUAACUACUGACCUCCGCUGACCGCUGACCACCGCUAACCACCGCUAACCACUGACCUCCGCUGACCACCGCUAACCGCUGACCACCGCUGACCACCGCUAACCACUGACCCCCGCUAACCGUUGACCCCCGCUAACCACUGACACCCGCUAACCGUACCACCGCUAACCACUGACCUCCGCUAACCGCUGACCCCGCUAACCACUGACCUCCGCUAACCGCUGACCCCCGCUAACCACUGACCCCCCGCUAACCACUGACCCCCGCUAACCGCUGACCCCCGCUAACCACUGACCUCCGCUGACUGCUGACCCCCGCUAACCACUGACCUCCGCUAACCGCUGACCACCGCUAACCACUGAUCUCCACUAACCACUGUUCUCCGGUAACCGCUGACCCCCGCUAACCGCUGAUCCCCGCUAACCACUGACCUCCGCAGACCGCUGACCACCGCUAACCACUGACCUCCGCUGACCGCUGACCACCGCUAACCGCUGACCACCGCUAACCGCUGACCUCCGCUAACCGCUGACCCCCGCUAACCACUGACCUCCGCUGACCGCUAACCACUGACACCUGCUAACCGCUGACCACCGCUAACCACUGACCUCCGCUGACCGCCGACCACCGCUAACCACUGACCCCUGCUAACCACUGACCUCCGCUGACCGCUAACCACUGACACCUGCUAACCGCUGACCACCGCUAACCACUGACCUCCGCUGACCGCUGACCCCCGCUAACCGCUGACCACCACUAACCGCAUGGGAUGGUCCAAAACCUUCUGACCACAGCUGGUACUGGUCCAACUGGUACUGGUCCAAAUGGUACUGGUCCAAAUGGUCAGAUACUGGUCCAACUGGUACUGGUCCAACAGGUACUGGUCCAAAUGGUACUGGUCCAACUACUACUGGUCCAAAUGGUCAGAUACUGGUCCAACUGGUACUGGUCCAACUGGUACUGGUCCAUACAGAACAGAGUCCUUCAGGGAGGAUCCACAGUCCUCCUCUUGUUGUCUGGUCCACAGGCUGCUAACCGCUACUAGACGGAACGCACUGGAUGGAUCUACAUGGAGUAGACCAUGGUCCAACAGUGGAAGGGCUGAUGGAGUAAACCAUGGUCAAACAGUGGAAGGGCUGAGAGAUGGAGUAGAAGGUGGAAGGGAAGGGCUGAGAGAUGGAGUAAACCAUGGUCAAACAGUGGAAGGGCUGAGAGAUGGAGUAAACCAUGGUCAAACAGUGGAAGGGCUCAGAGAUGGAGUAGAAGGUGGAAGGGAAGGGCUGAGAGAUGGAGUAAACCAUGGUCAAACAGUGGAAGGGCUGAGAGAUGGAGUAAACCAUGGUCAAACAGUGGAAGGGCUGAUGGAGUAAACCAUGGUCAAACAGUGGAAGGGCUGAUGGAGUAAACCAUGGUCCAACAGUGGAAGGGCUGAUGGAGUAAACCAUGGUCCAACAGUGGAAGGGCUGAUGGAGUAAACCAUGGUCAAACAGUGGAAGGGCUGAUGGAGUAGACCAUGGUCAAACAGUGGAAGGGCUGAGAGAUGGAGUAGAAGGUGGAAGGGAAGGGCUGAGAGAUGGAAUAAACCAUGGUCAAACAGUGGAAGGGCUGAUGGAGUAGACCAUGGUCAAACAGUGGAGUGGCUGAUGGAGUAGACCAUGGUCAAACAGUGGAAGGGCUGAGAGAUGGAGUAAACCAUGGUCAAACAGUGGAAGGACUGAUGGAAUAAACCAUGGUCAAACAGUGGAAGGGCUCAGAGAGGAACAAUACAUUCCUGUGGGACGAUUCUGUCACCUUCAGGUUAAACUGUACUGUAUGUUUCAUCUAGUCUGAAGUUUGGACACUGGGUGGUUCUACACUGAGUGGACAAAACAUUAGGAACACUUCCCUAACACCCUCAGAACAGCCUCACUUCGUCGGGGGCGUGGACUCUACAAGGUGUUGAAAGCUUUCCAACAAGGAUGUUGGUCCAUGUUGACUCCAAUGCUUCCUACAGUUGUGUCAAGUUGGCUGUCCUUCGGUUGGUGGAACAUUCUUCAUACACACGGGAAACUAUUGAGCGUGAAAAAUCCAGCAGCGUUGCAGUUCUUGACACAAAACGGUGCACCUGGCACCUACUACCAUACCCCGUUUUAUUCAGUGUAUAACAGAGGUAACAUUACAUUAACACUACUGUAAUUCUGUAACUACUGUAAUUACUAUUACAUUUACACUACUGUAAUUCUGUAACUACUGUAAUUACUAUUACAUUUACACUACUGUAAUUCUGUAACUACUGUAAUUACUAUUACAUUAACACUAUUGUAAUUCUGUAACUACUGUAAUUACUAUUACAUUAACACUACUGUAAUUCUGUAACUACUGUAAUUACCAUUACAUUAAAAGUACUGUAAUUCUGUAACUACUGUAAUUACUAUUACAUUAACACUACUGUAAUUCUGUAACUACUGUAAUUACCAUUACAUUUACACUACUG